AGGGACCGCAGCGAAUCUACAGUCGACACAUCGGCUACUUGUGGUGAGGAGCUUGCCUGAGGCCGGUGCUUUUGAGGUGAGAGUAACCGGAGAGCACCUCAGGGCCACAGAGUGAAACUGGGCUGAUCAAGUGUCAGCUGAAGAAAAGACCUGAGCUGGACACACGGAAAGAUGGGAAACCUGGGCUGCGUGGAUUCAGAGGGAAGAUGUAGAUAUGACUGCGAGGUAAACAGGGUCCAGGCAGGCCAAAGGUCUUCUCCGUGCGUCUCCUGAGUAACUCCUCCUAUAAGCAGCUCUGCAGCCUCGGAGGGAUCCAGCUCCUACCCCUUCACUGUACCAGUCUCUAGUCUUUGGUGAACUCGACUCCUGUAGCCAGGUGAGCACCCACGUCUCAGGAUCUGCAGCGAGGGGCUUAAUACCUGGAAGACGACAGAACCGACUGGAAGUACACAGCCUCGUAUGAAGGGACACACCAGAGGCCAUGGAGAGUCACGUCACUCAGAUUUCCCGAGAGGAUCUGGAAGAUCUCAAAGACGCAUUUAAUAAAAUUGAUAUCGAUAACAGCGGCUAUGUCAGUGACUUUGAGCUGCAGGAGCUGUUCAGAGAAGCCAGUCUGUCUCUGCCUGGAUACAAGGUGCGAGAAAUUAUCGAGACCUUCAUGGCCGGAGACACCAACAAAGAUGAGAAGAUCAGCUUUGAGGAAUUUGUGUCUAUCUAUCAAGAGCUAAAGAGCAAGCAGUUCAGUGAGACAUUUAAAAAAGCCGUUUCCAGGAGGGAUGGUAUUCGCUCCUUCGGAGGGACGUCAGGAAUUUCCAGCGAGGGAACACAGCACUCCUACUCUGAUGAAGAGAAGGUGGCAUUUGUCAACUGGAUAAAUAAAGCCCUGGCUAACGAUCCAGACUGUGAGCAUCUACUGCCCAUGAAUCCUGACAAUGAGAGCCUCUUCGCUUCUGUCCGAGAUGGAAUCCUGUUAUGCAAAAUGAUCAACCUGUCUCAGCCUGACACAAUUGAUGAAAGAGUCAUCAAUACUAAGAAACUUACCACCUUCAGAAUGACAGAGAAUCUGGUCCUGGCCUUGAACUCGGCCUCUGCCAUCGGCUGUACGGUGGUGAGCAUCGAUGCCCAUGAUCUGAUGGCUGGGAAACCCCACUUGGUUCUUGGACUGCUCUGGCAGGUCAUCAAGGUUGGCCUGUUUGCUGAUAUAGAACUGAGCAGGAACGAAGGUCUCAUAGCCCUUCUGGCAGACGGAGAGCAGCUGGACCACCUAAUGUCUCUAUCCCCUGAGGAGUUGCUGCUCCGCUGGGUCAACUAUCAUCUACGCAAUGCAGGAACAAAGACAAUCAGCAACUUCAGUGACGAUAUCAAGGACUCCCGAGCUUAUUUCUACCUGAUGGACCAGAUCGCUCCCCAAGGAGAGCGCGACUACACACUGCGUGUCAACAUUGACAUGAGUGGCCUCAACGAGCCUAACUGGGAUCGUAGGGCAGAGCUGAUGCUGCAGCAGGCGGCCCGGCUGGACUGCAGACAGUUUGUUUCCCCUCACGACGUCACAUCUGGAAACAGCAAACUGAACCUGGCGUUUGUAGCCAACCUUUUCAACAUGCACCCUGGUCUGCAGAGAGGCCAUGUUAAUAGCAACUUUGAAGCACAUAUAGAAGGAGAGACCAGAGAAGAGAAAACAUUUCGCAACUGGAUCAAUUCCCUGGGCGUCUCUCCAUACGUCAACCACCUGUACUGGGACUUGUGUGACGGUUUAGUGAUUCUGCAGCUUUUUGAAAAGGUUAACAUUCGUGUAAACUGGAAAAAAGUGAACAACCCACCUUAUCCUGUCCUGGGAGCCAACAUGAAGAAGCUUGAGAACUGUAAUUAUGCUGUGGAGCUGGGCAGGGACGUAGCUCAUUUCUCUCUGGUCGGCAUUGGAGGAGAAAACCUAAACCAGGGGAGCCCCAUGCACACACUGGCCUUGGUCUGGCAACUCAUGAGGAGGUACACAGUGCUGGUUUUGUCAGAUCUGGGUGAUGGAGAGAGGAUCGGGGAUCAAAUAAUCCUCAACUGGGUUAACUCCACCCUGAGCCAGAAACGCAAGGACACACAGAUCAGCAGCUUCAAGGACAAGCUGAUCAGCACCAGUCUGCCAGUGAUCGACCUGAUUGACGUCAUUGCUCCUGGUACAGUUAAGUGGGAAAUGGUGGAGAGAGGACAUAGAGGAGCGCUGAAGAAAGAAGAUAAACUCAACAAUGCCAAGUAUGCAAUCUCUCUGGCUCGUAAGAUAGGAGCUCGAGUCUAUGCGCUGCCUGAUGAUUUAGUGGAAGUCAAUCCUAAGAUGGUCCUGACACUGUUUGCCUGCCUCAUGGGCCAUGGUUUGAAAAAGGCCAACCGUUGAAACAUAUGGACAUUUAGUGGAAAAACAUCCGCAAUUAUACAUUUGGUUCUCUCUGCUAUUGCUUCAUGUUUCCAUCCUUUUCUCAUUAUUCUGAUUUUUUAGCUUAAACUUAUGCUUACAUUGCAAAAAAAUCUUUCACUCUUUGUCAUUUUUUU